AUUGAGCAUUCGAUUCGACGACAACAAAAACGACAGCACUAACAAUACAAAAAAAAUGCGAUCUGUCGAAUGCGAGAGCCUACGGCACUUGUGCACUGUUGUCCGGUGUGUGUAAAUUCGUGUGCGCGGUGUGCUAAACAAAAGUGUAGAGACUUUCUUGUUGUUCGUACUUCCCCUGCUGAUUCAGUUGUGUUUCAGCACUUCUACCAGAUAAACACAGUAGAGACAAGACAAGACGAAAAAAAAAAACAACGGAACCAACAUCAAAUGCGUACUGCUUUGUUUUAAUCGUGUGUUUCGCUUUUUGAGUUCUUUUUUUCCAUUUUGAUCAUUUCUAAUGUUUUGUUUUGAUUUACUUUCGCUGUGCCGCGACGCGACGUACAUUUGAUUUAUUCUUGUUUGUGAUUUUAUAGUCUUGAGUCAAUUUUUGUGCGCGCCUUUCGCGCAAUUUUGCUGUGCUGUCUUAUACUGAGCCGAAGUGUUCGUUGCUGUACUUGUUGAGUUUACUUUUUUUUUGCUGUGACGCUGCUUACAUAUUAACGGAUUAUUUUUUUUACUGUUGAAAUAAUUGUGUUAACAACGCGGCCGAAAAGAUGAAAAUCAAGAAGGAGAGAUUAAUGAAAUUUUUCUCCGAACAACUGCUGACCAUUUCAACGUUGGCUGGCGUUGUGCUUGGUGUGAUUUUCGGUCUGAUUUUGCGUGCAUCAUCCUCAUCAAAAUGGUCAUCGCGCGAAAUUAUGUACUUUAAUUUUUUGGGCGAGCUGUUUUUGCGCAUGUUAAAAGGUUUGAUAUUGCCACUGGUGAUAUCAUCAUUAAUUGCGGCAAUCGGAACGCUGAACUUCAAAGCAACGGGCAGAAUUGGCGGACGUGCCAUAACAUACUAUUUGAUAACCACAUUUAUGGCGGUCAUUUUGGGAAUUAUUCUUGUGUUGACCGUUCGUCCUGGCAUCGAUCGUCACAAAAAGAAUUCAACGGAGUCGGUACACACUACCAGCAGCCAAUUGCGCACCAUAACAACGACCGAUGCAAUGCUUGAUUUGGUACGCAACAUGUUUCCACCAAACAUCAUUCAAGCCUGUAUCGAACAAUAUCAAACCGUUCUAAAGCCACCCAGUGCCAACGCUAGCAAUGAUAACAUUGACGAAUGGAACAUUGGCCAUACAUACGGCAAUGGGAUGAACAUAAUUGGUUUGGUGGUUAGCGCUUGUGUAUUUGGAAUUGCGAUGAGCACAUUGCAUGGCAGUGUGAACACUGUAUUAGGAAUCGUGACUGAAGUGAGCGCAUUGAUGAUGAAAAUAACGUCGUGGGUCAUUUUUGUUUCACCGAUUGGCAUAUUCUUUUUGACCGUGUCACAAGUGGCUGAAAUGGAUGAUUUGAAUGUUGUUGCGGGAAAAUUGGGUUUAUAUUUGAUCACUGUUAUCGGCGGUAUUGUUUUUCAUGGUUUUGUUAUUCUCCCCAUUAUUUACUAUGCAUUCACACGAAAAAAUCCAUAUACGUUCAUCAUGGGUAUGGGACCGGCCAUUGUUACAGCCUUUGGAACGGGAUCAAGCUCGGCCACGUUGCCCAUGACAAUUCAAUGCAUCGAAGAGAGGAAUAAAGUAAAUCCGCAAAUCUCACGCUUUAUGUUACCGAUUGGUGCUACCAUUAAUAUGGAUGGUACUGCAUUGUACGAAGCUGUUGCUGCUAUUUUUAUCGCUCAAUUACGUGGAAUUGAAUUAUCAUUCGGAAAAGUGGUCGCUGUUAGUAUCACAUCGACUGCAGCGGCAAUAGGAGCGGCGGGAAUCCCUCAAGCAGGCUUAGUUACUUUGGUUAUGGUUCUUGAUGCUGUUGGUCUUCCUCCAGAGGAUGUUUCUCUUAUUUUGGCUGUCGACUGGAUUUUGGAUCGUGUUCGAACCGUGGUAAAUGUUCUUGGAGAUUGCUUGGGUGCUGGCAUAGUGGAUCACAUGAGUCAAAAGGACUUGAUUGUACCGCCAAUAAACCCACAGGAGAAUGCAGCGAAUGCCAGUGCCAGUGGCAGUUACGAAAUUGUUACUGUGCCAGCUACGAAGGAAACUUAACUCACAUUUCCAAUCAUGAAUACGAUAUUAAUUAUUUCCAUUCGCUGCUAUCCUUUUUCGCAGUACAAAUUUUUGAAAUGUGUCUAUUUUACAAUUAAGAUAACGUUUUAUAUCGAUAUCUCUUCGUGCAUCGAUGAAAAUAUUUUACGGUAUUUUGACCGUGCUCCAUAUUUUUCCUAUCAAUUCUAAUGAGAAAAAAAAUCCGUUUAGCAUUCAAAUUGAUCAAUAACCAUAUUUUUAGUUUACAGUAUUUUACUCUUCAAAUUUCCGAAUUUAAAUCAAAUAGUAUUGUAAGUAGACUAUAACUCAAUGUCCAAUAUUGUUCCGUUUCGAAUGAUCAGAAUAAACUUGUUUACUUUCUAA